CCCAUAGGCGGAGAAGCGAGAUAGCUUCCUGCCUUUCUCAAUAUGGCCACCGCGCCCCGCCCCGCCCCGCCCCCGGAAUCUGCCCUUACCCAAGAUGGUGGGCGUCACCAAAAUGGUGGAACCCUGACCUCCCUAAAUACCGUGACACCCGCCCCAUUUAACGCAUACGGGUCAUCAUGGCAGUCGUGACCUCAGCGUCCCGCUGGCUCCGGAGCCUCCUGAUGCGGCGCCUGGCUGCCAGCCACUCCCCCCACCUCUGCCUGCGGCCCCUCAGCUCCUCCCAGGAGCUCGCCCAGUCCCAGGCUCAGGACCAGGACUAUGAGUCCCUCAAAGUGACCCCGGUGGGGGAGCACGUCCUGCACGUGCAGAUGAACCGGCCGGAGAAGAGGAAUGCCAUGAACCGAGCCUUCUGGAGGGAGAUGGUGGAAUGUUUCAACAAGAUCGCGCAGGAUCCCAACUGCAGGGCUGUGGUGUUCUCAGGGGCCGGAAAGAUGUUCACGUCAGGGAUUGACCUUAUAGACAUGGCUGGAGACCUCCAGCCAGAAGGGGACGACCCGGCCCGGGUCAGCUGGAACUUACGCCACUUCAUCAGCAAGUACCAGGAGACCUUCACUGUCCUGGAGAAGUGCCCCAAGCCUGUCAUUGCUGCUGUCCAUGGCGGUUGCAUCGGGGGAGGAGUGGAUCUCAUCUCAGCCUGUGAUAUCAGAUACUGUGCCCAGGACGCCUGGUUCCAGGUGAAGGAGGUGGACAUCGGCCUGGCUGCAGAUGUGGGGACACUACAGCGUCUGCCCAGGAUUAUAGGGAACCAGAGCCUGGUGAACGAGUUGGCCUUCACUGCUCGAAAGAUGAUGGCCGAUGAGGCUCUGAGCAGCGGCCUGGUCAGCCGAGUGCUACAGGACCACGAGUCCCUCCUGGCCACAGCCUUCGCUCUGGCCACUGAGAUCUCCACUAAGAGCCCUCUGGCCGUGCAGGGCUCCAAGAUCAACCUGCUCUACUCCCGGGACCACAGCGUGAAGGACGGCCUCAACUUCAUGGCUGCCUGGAACAUGAGUAUGCUGCAGACCCAGGACAUCGCCAAGUCUGUGGAGGCGGCUUUCCAGAAGAAGGACCUGAAGAGCGUCACCUUCUCCAAGCUGUGAAUGUCUCCUGGCCCGGCUUCCUCCGGGCAGGGGCUGCCCUUCAGCCUGUGCCGGCCCCCUCCUCGGCCCGGCCCCCCGGCUCUCCUGGCCGGGAGGGUGUGUGGUGGGGCAGGGGACGGCCUAUCCCCGUAAUAAAUCAUUCUAAGAAA